AUGGAGUGGCAUGGGCCGGUCCCACGGCCUGUCGUCCACUGGGCAAAUGACUUUGGAGAGGAAAGAUGGGUGAAUUCCAUCUUCAAUCCUGUGCCCAAGAUCCCACCUGUGGAGGACAUAUGGGACAAAGAAAAGGAAGAGGAGGAGGAGGAGGAGGAAGAGGGGGAGGAGGAGGAGGAUACCAUAGACAAAGAAAAAGAGAAAGAAGAAGCAAACAGGAUCAAAUCCCUCCUUGGAGUACCCAAGCAGGACUCGGUGUGGGGCCUGAUGGCUUGGCCCAGGCACCCUCCAGAGCCAGCCUGGUGGUGGGAAGACUUUUCCCUGCCCCCACUCCGUGGACCCCGCCUCUGCCAGUGCAGACUGAGGACAAAGAUGAGGCUCCACCCCCUGCCUUCCCUGGCCUCCUUCUCCACCUCCAAAACCUUGCCCUCACUGGCAACCAGAGAUGAGCCUAGCUGGCUAAGAAACCAGCCUCUGACUGAGCCUCCUCCAGCUUCCAGACUGAAGACCCCCAAGGCAGUGCCAAGGCUUCAUGCCAAGGUCUCCCCUAAGAGAUCUACUGUCCCCAAGUCCGGGCGACAGCAGACCCCAAUGUCAAUGUGGCCUCCGAUUAUUUUAACCCCUCCCUCCAAGAGCUCUGCUCUUAAGGGACAACACACAUCCUCUGCCAAGGAGGCCUCUCAUGCCCCAGGUGCCUGGAGCAACCCCUUGCCUCACCUUCCUUCAAAAUAA